CUGGAACUGUGUAAGAACUAGAAGCAGAGGUUCACACAGUCACACAGAAGCAUCUCUAACCCAGGUCAGCUGUAGCCCAGAUCAGCAGUGCCAGUUAUUCUGCAUAGUGUAGUACUGUGGCAGCACAGCUCCUCCUCUGCAAUCACCGCCUCCCCUCUCCUUGCCUGGUGGUGGGAAGGUUUCUCAGUCUGCCAGCAGGUCAGCCUCGGCUUCCUUGUGGUCUGAUCCCUAGCUGAGCCAGGCUCAGACCUGCCCUCCUUUACCCUGUAGCAGCCACCCUUCCUCCUCCUUCCCUCCCGGGCUCCAGCUGAUCCAGUCCCCCCUGCAGCCUGCAUAACUGCACACACUACUGCAAGAUGGCCGGAUCCCUCGUUGAAAGGGAGACGAUGCAGCUGGACAGCAGGCGUCUGAGCAGUCCACUAGGAUCACCGGUUGAAGUCUACUUUCCACGACUGACAGUCCCUUUCUGUGGUCACAUAAAAGGUGGCAUGAGACCAGGGAAAAAGAUCCUGAUUAUGGGAAUAGUUGGCAUGAACCCGGACAGCUUUGACAUCAGGCUGACUUGUGGGGACUCAGGAGAUCCACCAGCCGAUGUGGCCAUUAAGAUUAAAGCGGAAUUUGCCGAAAAGCAGCUACUCCGAAAUGCCUGUGUGUCUGGCGAGUGGGGAGAAGAGGAAUCACCAAUUCCAUAUUUCCCAUUUAUUGCUGAUCAGCCAUUCAGGGUUGAGAUACUUUGUGAGCAUCCACGUUUCAGGGUAUUUGUCGACGGACACCAGCUUUUUGACUUUUACCAUCGUGUUGAACUACUAUCCGCAAUUGACACUGUUAAAAUCAACGGAGAUCUUCAACUUACUAAACUUGGUUGAUGUCUAAACAGAAUGGUCACCAACAGACUAAGAGAACACACUCCAGGAGAUGCGAGGAGACAGCGUUUACCCCCUCUGCAGUGACCGUGCGUCAUCUCUGCAGGAUUACUGGACAGUACAAUCGUCGUCAGCCAUUUUGUUUUUGGUAUAUCAGAUGUGGCUGGCUGUAAAACAGUUUCUAAUGACUUGGAUUACCCUUUUCAUAAUACAGCAGGUCAUUUUAUCAUUAUUUUUGCAUUUAUUUUUUUUUCGUUUACUUGAAUGAAAGGGUCUUUGGAGGUAAUUUUUCAUCUGUGUGUCAUCAUCAUGGUUACCAUUUCAGGGUGUCUAGGAGCCAAUCAAUAAAGGGUACACUGUUAAUAGUAAAUUUACAGUGAACAUAUGAGUAA